AUGGAAGCUGUAUGCUGCUCCUCCAACACACCUCUCGCCUUUGCUACGACCUCUACCGCACCCUCCUCCGCUCCGCUUCAUCUCAGUUCAACCAUCGCCAUCUCCACCGCCAUGUCAGUCUGGAACCCAGAUAACAUCCGCGAUGUUGCCGAGUCGGUGGGCAUCGUCAACCUCAACAACGAUGUGACCGAGAACCUUGCCCGUGACGUCGAAUACCGCAUCGCGCAGGUUCUGGAAGAAGCCCUCAAAUUCAUGCGCCACAGUCGACGAACGCUGCUCUCAACACAAGAUGUCGCACAGGCCUUGCGCGUGCUCGAUGUCGAGCCACUCUACGGAUAUGAAUCCACGAGGCCCCUGCGGUUCGGGGAGGCGUCGUUGGGACCUGGACAACCGCUGUUCUACGUGGAGGACGAGGAGGUGGACUUCGAAAAGUUGAUUAACGCGCCGUUACCCAGAGUGCCCCGAGAAAUCUCGUUCACAGCGCACUGGCUCGCCGUCGAAGGAGUGCAACCGUCCAUCCCUCAGAACCCUACCGCGGCCGACUCGAGAAACCUCGAAUUGAUGUCCAAAGGUCCUAACGCUAGCUCGACGCUCGCGGCUAUGAGUGGAGGGGGCAAUGUGGCCGUCAAACCGCUGGUCAAGCAUGUCUUGUCCAAGGAACUCCAGCUCUACUUCGAAAAAGUCUGCAACGCCUUCCUGGACGAUUCCAGCGAAGAGUAUCGCACAUCAGGCUAUGCUAGCCUACGAGAGGAUCCGGGACUGCACCAGUUGGUCCCAUACUUUGUUCAGUUCAUUUCCGAGAAGGUGACCCACGGCCUGAAGGAUAUCUUUGUCCUUACACAGGUCAUGCACAUGGCGGAGGCCCUCGUGCAGAACAAAUCACUAUAUGUUGACCCCUAUAUCCCAUCGCUUGUCCCGCCCAUUCUCACCUGCCUGAUCGCCCGACAACUGGGCGGCAGCGCUGAACUGACCGAGCAGUUUGCCCUCCGUGAUCUUUCCGCGUCGCUCCUAGGUCUCAUUGCCAAGAAGUACUCGCAUUCCUCUCAUACGCUCAAGCCACGACUGGCUCGCUCAUGUCUGAAGACGUUUUUGGAUCCGUCCAAACCAUUUGGGGCGCAUUACGGCGCCAUCAUUGGACUUCAUGCGGUUGGCGGUGCCGAGGCGGUGCGGGUUCUGAUUCUGCCUAACCUGCCGACCUACGGGAACCUGUUGAAGGACGGCAUGGCGGAGGACAGCCCACGGCGACCGGAGGCCGAGAGAGUUCUCAUGGUUUUGAUGGGGGUUCUGGCAACGUUGCGGGAAGGACGCACGGCCCUCACCAACGGGCACGGGGGCGUAGUCACGGAAGACCUGCGGGAGCGAUUGAGUGGGAAAGUGGGUGAUUUUCUGGCGACGAAGAUCAAGGACGUGGGGGAGGUGGAAACCGCGCGGGCCAUUCUCGACGCUUGA